GAUUUCCAGCCUCGGCUCCUCGCAGUUUCCUCUCCUUGUUUUGCUUUCGAUCUGGACUGUUCUCAGGCAAGCCGGGGAGUAACUUUUAGUUUUGCUCCUGCGAUUAUUCAACUGACGGGCUUUCAUUUCCAUUUUACACACCCUAACAACACUUACACCUUGCGGGAUUGUAUUGGUAGCGUGAAAAAAAGCACACUGAGAGACGGAAAAUGCCGGGGUUCAUAAAUAUUAAUACCGAUUUUUGGAGGAAGAGUCGGCGCAGUUAUGGAUCAUCUGAUUUUAGGGGAAGCAGGGUCUGCUGCUGUUGUUGCUGGUACUGGGACUGCUGAGGCUGCAAGGAGGAGGAGGAGGAGGUAGAGAGGGAGGAGGAGGGUACCAUGCCGGUGGAAAGAAUGCGGAUGCGCCCAUGGCUGGAGGAACAGAUAAAUUCAAACACGAUACCAGGGCUGAAGUGGCUGAACAAGGAAAAGAAGAUUUUCCAGAUCCCCUGGAUGCAUGCAGCUAGACAUGGGUGGGAUGUGGAGAAGGAUGCUCCACUCUUCAGGAACUGGGCGAUCCAUACAGGAAAGCAUCAACCAGGAGUAGAUAAACCUGAUCCGAAAACAUGGAAAGCAAAUUUUCGAUGUGCCAUGAAUUCCUUGCCUGAUAUUGAAGAAGUGAAAGAUAGAAGUAUAAAGAAAGGAAACAAUGCCUUCAGAGUGUACCGGAUGUUGCCCUUAUCUGAACGACCUUCUAAGAAAGGAAAGAAACCAAAGACAGAAAAAGAAGAGCGAGUUAAGCACAUCAAGCAAGAACCAGUUGAGUCAUCUUUGGGGCUUAGUAAUGGAGUAAGUGACCUUUCUCCUGAGUAUGCGGUCCUGACUUCAGCUAUAAAAAAUGAAGUGGAUAGUACGGUGAACAUCAUAGUUGUAGGACAGUCCCAUCUGGACAGCAACAUUGAAGAUCAAGAGAUUGUCACUAAUCCGCCAGACAUUUGCCAAGUUGUGGAAGUGACCACGGAGAGUGAUGACCAGCCAGUCAGCAUGAGUGAGCUCUACCCUCUACAGAUUUCUCCUGUGUCUUCCUACGCAGAAAGCGAAACUACCGACAGUGUGCCUAGUGAUGAGGAGAGUGCUGAGGGGAGACCACACUGGCGGAAGAGGAACAUUGAAGGCAAGCAGUAUCUUAGCAACAUGGGGACCCGGAGCACCUACCUGCUGCCCAGCAUGGCAACCUUUGUCACUUCCAACAAGCCAGAUCUGCAGGUCACCAUCAAAGAGGAGAGCUGUCCAAUGCCUUACAACAGCUCCUGGCCCCCAUUUACAGACCUUUCCCUCCCUGCUCCAGUGACCCCCACGCCCAGCAGCAGUCGGCCCGACCGGGAGACCAGGGCCAGUGUCAUCAAGAAGACAUCUGACAUCACCCAGGCGCGUGUCAAGAGCUGCUAAGCCUUUGACUCUUUCUGGUGGUGGUUGUGAUUUCUUAGCGUUGUGUUGUUAUUUGUUUGUAUUUUAUUUUCCUCUCUGAUCCCUAUCUUAGACAAAUCGAAGGGAAAAAGCCUUGACAAUAGAAUAUUGAUUGCUGUGUCCAACUCCAGGGCUGGAGCUUCUUUUUAACUCAGGACUCCAGCCCCUUGGUAGAUGCAUAUCUCUAGAACCUGCUGGAUCUCCCAGAGCUACUCCCUCAAGUUCAUGGACCAACAGCCACCCGGGCAGUGGAGGUGCUGCGUUGCCUACAGUCAAGGCCAGCAUGGUGGAGUGGAUGCCUCAGAAUGGACGAGAAAAUGUGAACUAGCUGGAAUUUUUUAUUCUUGUGAAUAUGUACAUAGGGCAGUACUAGCAAUGUUGCAGUCUGCUUCUGCACCUUAUCUUGAAGCACUUACAAUAGCCUUCUUGUGAUCUUGCUAUUCUUCACAGCACAUUCGAGUCCCCUCCCAUUACCUCACUACCCACCCCUCCCCAACCCAUCCAAUCCCAGCUCCCUACUGACCCCUCCCCAACCCAUCCAAUCCCAGCUCCCUACUGACCCCUCCCCAACCCAUCCAAUCCCAGCUCCCUACUGACCCCUCCCCAACCCAUCCAAUCCCAGCUCCCUACUGACCCCUCCCCAACCCAUCCAAUCCCAGCUCCCUACUGACCCCUCCCAACCCAUCCAAUCCCAGCUCCCUACUGACCCCUCCCCAACCCAUCCAAUCCCAGAUCCUUCCCCACCCCUCCCCAACCCAUCCAAUCCCAGCUCCCUACUGACCCCUCCCCAACCCAUCCAAUCCCAGCUCCCUACUGACCCCUCCCCAACCCAUCCAAUCCCAGCUCCCUACUGACUCCUCCCCAACCCAUCCAAUCCCAGCUCCCUACUGACCCCUCCCAACCCAUCCAAUCCCAGCUCCCUACUGACCCCUCCCCAACCCAUCCAAUCCCAGCUCCCUACUGACCCCUUCCCAAUCCAUCCACUCCCAGAUCCUUCCCCACCCCUCCCCAACCCAUCCAAUCCCAGCUCCCUACUGACCCCUCCCCAACCCAUCCAAUCCCAGCUCCCUACUGACCCCUCCCCAACCCAUCCAAUCCCAGCUCCCUACUGACUCCUCCCCAACCCAUCCAAUCCCAGCUCCCUACUGACCCCUCCCCAACCCAUCCACUCCUAGCUCCCUACUGACCCCUCCCCAACCCAUCCAAUCCCAGUCCCCCUUCCCUCCCCCCCCCCAGUUCCUUUUCCCCUUUCUCUCCUCAAAGGCAAUGUUCCACAUCUUGGAGGAGGAGGAGGAGGAGAAGAAAAUUAAUUUCUCCACAGCUGUCCCACUUUAAGACUGCUUGAAAAAAAAAAUCUUUCUAAUCUGCUAUGCUUGAAUGCCACGCGGUACAAAGGAAAACUGUCAUGGAAAUAUUAUGCAAAUUCCCAGAUUUGAAGACAAAAAUACUCUAAUUCUAACCAGAGCAAGCUUUUUUAUUUUUUAUACAGGGGAAUAUUUUAUUCAAGGUAAAAUUCUAAAUAAAAUAUAAUUGUUUUUUAUCUUUUCUACAGCAAAUUUAUAAUUUUAAGAUUCCUUUUCUUGUUUAUCAGCAGUUGUUAUUACACCCUUGUGGCACAUUUUUUUUUUUUUUAAUUUUGUAAAGGUGAAAAAAAAAACUUUUAUGAGCUCAUGUAGCAAUCAAAUUAUCCUGUGGAUUGAUAAUAAAUGAAUAUGGUAUAUAGUUAAAAUUUUUAA